AUGGAGGAGAAGAGGUUAGGGAUUUUGGAGGAGAAAGGCUUCACUUCAAUCAUUUCUAUAGGACCCGUCUUACUGACAGGAUUCAUCACUACUUUAGCUACCUUAGCGGCUUGGCCAGUUACUCGAGACUCUCGAUUAUUCCAUUUUAUGAUGUUAGCAAUGUACAGUAUUCAAAUAGGAUCAUUUUCAUCUCGAGACCUUUUACUUUUUUUCAUCAUGUGGGAGUUAGAAUUAAUUCCCAUUUAUUUACUUUUAUCUAUGUGGGGAGGAAAGAAACGUCUCUACUCAGCUACCAAAUUUAUUUUGUACACUGCAGGAGGUUCCAUUUUUCUCUUAAUGGGGGUUCUCGGCAUUGGUUUAUAUAGUUUUAAUGAACCUACAUUAAAUUUUGAAACAUUAGCUAAUCAAUCAUAUCCUAUGGCACUGGAAAUAAUAUUCUAUAUUGGGUUUUUUAUUGCUUUUGCUGUCAAAUCACCGAUUAUACCUCUACAUACAUGGUUACCUAAUACUCAUGGAGAAGCGCAUUACAGUACUUGUAUGCUUUUAGCUGGAAUCUUAUUAAAAAUGGGAGCAUAUGGGUUAAUUCGAAUCAAUAUGGAAUUUUUACCUCAUGCUCAUUCUAUAUUUUCUCCUUGGUUAAUGAUAAUAGGCACAAUGCAAAUAGUUUAUGCAGCUUCAGCAUCUGCUGGUCAACGUAAUUUAAAAAAAAGAAUAGCCUACUCCUCUGUAUCUCAUAUGGGUUUCAUAAUUAUAGGAAUUGGUUCUAUAACCGAUACGGGACUCAAUGGAGCCAUUUUACAAAUAAUCUCACAUGGAUUUAUUGGUGCUGCUUUUUUUUUCUUGGCAGGAACAAGUUAUGAUAGAAUACGUCUUGCUUAUCUCGAUGAAAUGGGCAGAAUUGCUAUCCUAAUGAAAAAAAGUUUCAUGAUGUUCGCUUUUUGA